GCUCAAAUUCGCACAAAAGAUGGCGGCAGUCGAGUACGUUGUUGUCUGCUUUGCGUGAGCAUAUCUACGCCUGUAGCCAUCGGUUGUUGCUAUCGUUGCGAUGAUCAAGAUGCGAUGUAUCAUGUGCUUUAUAUGCGACCUCGUUUUCUUCUAUUCUUUGCGAAUUGAGGUCGUAGGAGCAUAUUGUACAAGAACAUUUCUGAACUGACUGACUUCGUGUUGUUUGACACCAGAGAAUGCGUCGUCGUCAUUGAUGGGGCGAACGUAGCGUGUCAAAAAGAUGGCAAGGUUCAUAUCCCCAAGCUAGCAGCCGCUAUCAAGUACUUUCGCUCGUUGGAGCUCGCAGCAGGACGAUAUCCCGUCAACUGCGUGGCAUUCGCGCCCAACUUCUGGCUCAACGUUAAGCCUUCACCUGGUAGUGCUGGUCCCAAAGAGAACGGGACAAUGGAGACAGACGACUGGGCACUACUAAACCAGUUAGUGCACCAAGAUCACGUGAUCCUGACGCCGUCCCAGGCUCACGACGACUUCUACGUCAUCGACUACGCCGUCAAGUACAAUGGCUUCAUCGUCACGAACGACAUGUUCCGAGACCACGUAUCGAACAAGAGAAUUUUUCACGGCAAGAGAUUAACGAGCAAUUGGGUGCGUUCGCACUGCAUCGACUUCACGUUCGUAGGGACGGAAUUUAUGCCCAAUCCCCGUACAAUGGAGCGCGCUGAGAGCGAUGACGUCCAAGAGGACGGGAUGGUAGUCGACCAUAAAGGCACGAAGCGCAGCAAGACCAUCGAUCUCUCGGAAGUGACGUACUAUAAAGUGCCACGUGAACUGCUGCCGAUGCUGCACGGGGAAGGCGGCGAGACGAUGGGCAAGUUUCAGGAGUACACAGGUACCUACAUCGUCCUCCCGUCGCACGCGGCAUCAGCAGCUCCCUCGACGUCGAAUGUACUGACAUUGUCUAUCUAUGGACCGGAGCCAAGUAGACUGCAGGCUGUGGGCCACUUGGACGCUUUUCUUGUCCAGAUGCAGCAACAAUACGCUUACCAACACCAACAGCAGUACAUGGCCAGCCAAGUUCAUCAAGCAGGGAUGUACCCACACCAGCACCAGCCAAGCACCGGUACCCAAGACGACCAAAUGAUGGAGAUCGAUCCCUACUAG